GCAAUAACAAGCGUAGCACUUUUUUUAAUUUAAAAACACGGGAGAAGUGUUUUUGACUAAUUCGGGUCCAAAAAGAGAAAGGUUUUUAGAUCAGAUUUGGAGCCAGCGAAAUGCCAAUUAUAGCCUGCGAUCUGCUCAUCCAGCUGCUGCUAUAGAUCAAGGAGACCUUCCCCGGCUCCACUUUCUUCUUCCCCUGUCCCAAAGCUUUUCACUGUGCUCCUCCUCGCCGGACGGCCUCCCCACCCAGUGACAAUGACGAAAUUACCCUUCGUCUUCCUGCUCUUGUUCUUCUUCUCCGUUUUCUCACCCACCGCCGCCGAGAUCAAAACCCUGCGGAUCGUUUCCGACUCUCGGGCGAUGAUUUUGUUCGAGCGCUUCGGGUUCACCCACACUGGCCACGCCGCCAUCACCGUCUCAUCGGUCUCCGUUCAAUCCACCCUCGCCACCCCCGAAUCGUCUCGUCUGGGCUUCUUCCUUCUCUCGCAGGAGUCCCUCAUCCAGGUGCUUAUCGAGCUCCAGCAGAACCCGUCAUUUUGUGUCCUCGAUUCCAAGUAUAUCAAUCUCCUCUUCACCUUCAGAGACCUCUCGCCGCCGCCUAACUCCUUCUACAACCACUCGUACCCCAUCACUUCCCCGAAUGAGUAUUCUCUUUUCUUCGCCAAUUGCGCUCCCGAAUCCAAGGUCUCCAUGAACGUUCGCACGGAGCUCUACAACCUUGACGAUCAGGGCCAGGUCAAGGACUACCUUUCCGCGGGUCUCACUCAGAUCCCCUCGCUGUACUUUACAUUCUCCCUCAUUUAUUUCGGAUUUAUGGCUUUCUGGGUGUACAUCUGCUACACCAACAAGAACUCCGUCCACCGGAUCCAUCUCUUGAUGGCGGGUUUGCUGGCCAUGAAGGCGUUGAAUCUGAUAUGCGCUGCGGAGGACAAACAUUAUGUGAAGGUGAGCGGAACAGCUCACGGUUGGGAUGUGUUGUUCUACAUUUUCCAGUUCAUCCGUGUGGUCCUCCUCUUCACAGUUAUCAUCUUGAUCGGAACUGGGUGGUCAUUUUUGAAGCCGUUUUUGCAGGAGAGGGAGAAGAAGGUUUUGAUGAUCGUGAUUCCCCUUCAGGUAUUGGCCAAUAUAGCCUCAGUAGUGAUUGGAGAAACUGGUCCUUUUAUCAAGGACUGGGUUACAUGGAAUCAGGUGUUUCUGAUAGUAGAUAUUGUGUGUUGCUGUGCGAUCAUCUUCCCCAUAGUGUGGUCUAUUAGGUCACUGAGGGAGACAUCAAAGACUGAUGGGAAGGCCGCGAGGAACCUAGCAAAAUUGACCCUUUUUAGGCAAUUCUACAUUGUGGUGAUUGGGUACCUCUAUUUCACAAGGAUUGUGGUGUUUGCCCUUAGGACCAUUGCUGCUUAUAAGUACCAGUGGGUGGCAAGUGCUGCUGAGGAGAUUGCUAACCUUGCUUUUUACAUUACAAUGUUUUACAUGUUUAUGCCAGUGGAGAAGAAUCAAUACUUUGUUCUUGAUGAGGAAGAUGAGGAGGCUGCUGAGCUGGCUCUUCGUGAUGAGGAAUUUGAGCUUUGAAAGAACGGAAUGGAUACUUAUCAUUUUGCAGCUAUGUGGCUCUCAACCCUUUGAUUAUGAGUUACUCUGGAAUGUUGUCUAAAUUAUCUGGGUUGAAUUCCACUUCUCACUUUGUUCGCUUUUACCAUCUUUUUGCCCUUCUGUUAUUGUCUAUCUUUUUCCCCUGAUGGUGAUAGAUUUUAUGUUCAGUAACUAUACUUGGACUUAUCAAGCAAUUACAUUUUAAUGUAAUUGAAUUGAAUAUAGAAAGCCCCAUCUUUAUAAAUUGAAGUGCAUUGUCCUGACAAUGAGUUUGUUCUGUGUAGAGUUUCUUCUGUCUUAAAUUGCAUCGCUCUCUGUAUACAAUGAGUUUGAAUAUUUUUAUUUAGCUCCGAUUUCAU